AUGUCCGCAUUCAUCUCUACCGCCGCGGCCUUUAUGGCGGCGGCCAUGGUGCUGCCCAGUCUGGCGCAGGACAACACGAGUUAUGUCAACUACAAUGUCGAGCCGCAACCCAAUCUGUAUCCGGAGACUCUCGAAACUCCUCGGUUGCGCGGAUUCCCCGACUGCCAGACGGGGCCGUUAGCCCCCACACAGGUGUGCAAUACCUCGGCACUCCCCAGCGAGCGUGCUGCCGCCCUCAUAUCCCUUUUCACCUUGGACGAGCUCCUCAAUCACACUGGAAACACCAUUCCUGGGCUUCCCCGGCUGGGACUGCCUAACUACGAGGUCUGGAGUGAGACUCUGCACGGCCUCGAUCACGCCGACUGGGCCAGCUCCGGUCCCUUCAGCUGGGCCACGUCCUUCCCCCAAGCCAUCCUCACUGUAGCCUCGCUCAACCGCACACUGUUCCAUCACAUUGGCGAUAUCAUCGGAAUACAGGGGCGUGCAUUCAACAACGAUGGCCGGUUCGGUCUAGACGGUUACGACCCCAACAUCAACGGAUUCCGCAGCCCGAUCUGGGGUCGCGGCCAGGAAACUCCGGGCGAGGACACGUUCUGUCUCACCUCCACUUACGCCUACCAGUACAUCACUGGCCUCCAGGGUGGGAUUGAGCCAAAGACCCUCCAGAUUGCAUCCACUGCCAAGCACUUCGCCGGCUACGAUAUCGAGAACUGGCACGGACACUCAAGGCUGGGCAACGACCUUGUCAUCUCUAUGCAGGACCUGUCCGAGUAUUAUACGCCGCAGUUUCGUGUUGCUACCCACGAUGCCAGGGUGUACAGUGUAAUGUGCGCCUACGUCGCCGUAAAUGGCGUGCCAAGCUGCACAAACUCCUACUUCCUUCAGACCCUACUACGUGACACUUUUGACUUUGUUGACGAUGGAUACGUCACCUCUGACUGCGACGCAGUCUAUGUGGCCUGGAACCCGCAUGGGUACGCGGCCAAUUGGUCGACCGCGGCCGCCGAUGGCAUGCAAGCUGGCUGCGACAUUAACUGUGGACAGACGUACCAGCGGCACUUGAUAACGGCCUUGGAAGAUGGUCAGGUCUCUCGGCGUGAGAUCGAGCGCGGCCCCCUCCGUCUCUAUACUACCUUGGUGCGCCUGGGUUACUUUGAUGGCAACGAGAGCGCGUACCGGCACCUGUCCUGGUCUGAUGUGGAGCGGACGGAUGCGUGGAACGUCUCAUAUGAGGCGGCUGUACAAGCCACUGUCCUGUUGAAGAACGAGAACUUCCUUCCGCUCCCGGAAAAGACGCGAAACGUUGCGGUGAUCGGACCCUGGAGCAACGCGACCAACCAGAUGCAGGGCAACUAUUACGGCCCGGCUCCCUACUUUAUCACUCCGCUGCACGCGUUCCGCUCGGCGGGAUUCAACGUCAACUACGCUUAUGGCACCGGCAUUUCCUCGAACAGCACGGCCGGAUUCCCCGCGGCGCUUGAGGCGGCGAAGAAGUCCGAUGUGAUCUUCUAUGUCGGCGGCAUCGACAGUACUGUCGAGGCGGAAGGUCUCGACCGUGAGAAUGUGACCUGGACCGGCAACCAGCUGGAGCUGAUUCAUCGCCUAACUGAGCUGGGCAAGCCAGUGGUCGUUGCCUCGUAUGGCGGCGGCCAACUGGAUGACUCGACUCUCAAGCACAACCCGAACGUGAAGGCCCUCCUGUGGGGCGGUUACCCAGGCCAGUCGGGCGGUGCGGCCUUGGUCGACCUCAUCACCGGCAAGCGCGCUCCAGCUGGCCGGCUACCGAGCACACAGUAUCCGGCAGAGUAUGUGAACGAGUUCUCCCAGAUUGACAUGUACCUGCGGCCCAACGGCUCUAACCCCGGCCAGACCUAUAUCUGGUACCGCGGGAAGCCGGUUUAUGAAUUUGGCCACGGCCUCUUCUACACCACCUUCCGCGAGGAGCUAGCCUCCUCUGCCAACCAUGGUAUGCCCGGCAUAUCCGGCUACCACCAGAAGGGGCACUUGAUCUCGCCCGCUGAGGGCAAUACCACGUUUAACAUUCAAGACCUCCUGAGCCAGCCGUAUGCAGGCUACACCGAUGUCGGCCACAAGCCGUUCAUCAACUUCACCGCGCGCAUCACCAAUGACGGCCGCCGCACGUCCGACUAUACGGCGAUGCUUUUCGUUAACACGACGGCGGGGCCGGCCCCGUACCCGAAUAAGUGGCUGAUCGGUUUUGACCGCCUAGGCAACGUGGAACCGCACGAGUCGCAGCUGAUGAACAUUCCGGUGCCUAUCGAGAGCGUCUCGCGGACCGACGAGGAGGGCGACCGCAUCCUGUACCCGGGCCACUAUGAGCUGGCGCUGAACAACGACCGAUCCGUCGUCCUUCCCUUCAGUCUGACGGGCAAUCCAACCAUUGUGUACAAGUGGCCUCGCCAGGAACAGGAGGUCCCUCGUACCUGA